AGUAGGCGGGGUUUCGGUCUCACACUAAAUAUUCAAAAUGGCGGACAGAGGAUUAACGACUCAAGAUGAGCGCUCGACUGCAGAUUCCAGUGGCCACCCAGCAGAUCAAAAUAAAAGCAGCAUGGAAAACGGAGCACAAGGAGCAGAUCAGGCCAAUGGUCUGGACGCCCAUAAAUCAAAUGGACAAGGAACAAGUGCAAUCAGCAAUGUUCAGGCACAAGCACUGCUCCAACAGUUGAGUUUAACUCCAGCGCAGGUAUUGUUGCCGCAAACGCAGGCGCAGCUCCUCGCCGCAGCCGUGCAGCAGUCUGGAAGUCAACAGAGCAGCACCACUGGAGCCAGUAUUUCUGCCUCUGCAGCCACGCCCAUCACACUGUCCCAACCAAUUCAGAUUGCGUCUCAGCUGCAGCCUCAGGGUUUGAACCUGCAGCAGUUUGUGUUGGUUCAGCCAGGCCACUCCAUCAGUCCUCAGAUUCAGCCGCAGUUCAUCAUAUCACCUUCACCUCAGGGUCAGACCGGUCUCCUGCAAGCUCAAAAUCUCCUGACUCAACUACCUCAAAGUCAAGCUAACCUCCUCCCAACUCAGACCAGCAUCACCCUCACCACACAGGCGGCCACACCAACAAGAAAAAUUGCCGCCAUGCCGGCUCCAGCGGUGGCCACUCCAAAGCACAUGGAUGCACCGUGUGUAGAGGAGGCCAGUGACCUCGAGGAGCUUGAACAGUUUGCAAAGACUUUCAAACAAAGGCGCAUCAAGCUGGGCUUCACUCAGGGUGACGUGGGGUUGGCGAUGGGGAAACUCUAUGGAAAUGACUUCAGCCAGACCACAAUUUCCAGAUUUGAGGCCUUGAACCUGAGCUUCAAGAACAUGUGCAAACUCAAACCUCUGCUAGAGAAAUGGCUCAGCGAUGCAGAGAACAUGUCUGCUGACUGUGUGGUGUCGAGUCAGAAUGAAAUGUCUCCGGGUCUCUGUGAGAGUCUGAACCGGCGGCGUAAGAAGCGGACAAGCAUCGAAACCAGCAUCCGUCUUGCCUUAGAGAAGAGCUUCCUUGAGCAGAGUCAAAAGCCAUCAUCAGAGGAAAUCACGCUGAUUGCGGAUCAGCUCAACAUGGAGAAGGAGGUGGUACGCGUUUGGUUCUGUAACCGCAGACAGAAGGAGAAACGGAUCAAUCCUCCCAGUAGCAUCGGCGGAUCGCCUGGAUCAGCCAUUAAAACUAUCUACAGCAGCUCCACCACAGCAGUGUCCAGCAGCACAAACACACUGACUGUCAAUUCUGUGGUUCCUCUAAACAACAGCAUCUCAAACCUCACACUCAGUGGUGGAGUUCUGGGUCAGGUGAUGUCUAACUCACCGUCUGUCAUCUCCAUGGCUCCUGCUGUGACCACUUCUGCCCCUGCCGUGACAUCACACUCGAUCAGCCCGUCUGCCACUACCGUAAAAAAGGAAAUUGCCGCUCAGCCAGUUUCCAUUGCAACAACAGCCACGCAGGGGGCAGGGCAGCUGCUGGUGACAGGUACAGGACUGGGCGGUGCUAAUCUGACUGCUGUCACAGGCUUGAACCCAACAAUCAUAACGCCAUCACAACUGACGCAAGGUGGGGCGUUUUUGAGUUUGGCUCCUGCUCUGGGAAACGCUUUUGGUCCUGCGCUGAUGAACAACAAUGCACUGGCCACCAUCCAGGCUCUGACUUCGGGUGGCAUUCUGCCUCUGAACUCCAUUAAUGGAAACACCGGCCUGCUAUUCGCCAACACCAGUGCAGGAAGCUCUUCCCCCAGUCUGGUGACCACGCCCCUCUUCCUCAACCCAUCCAGCCUCUCUCUACUACCAUCCAAUCUGCUGUCAGCAGGCGGGGCUGGAGGCGGAGCUUUCAACCUGCAGCUGGCCAGUGACUUGCAGCAGAGUUCUGUUGCCACGACAACCAAGAGCAUUGCCUUGGCCUCAAAGGCUCAGUGAGCGCAUGCGGCUCGGUCCAAUCCUGUGCUAUUACCAAAAAUGCUUCUGACAUGCUUAGUACUUCCUGCAACCGAAUGUCUGUCGCGCAUUUGAUUGCUUUAGGAAACGGUCAGGAUUUAACUUUAUUUUUCAAUCUAUUUCUUAAACUUACGUCAAAAUUAACCAAAAAUUUUAGAGAGAUUAUUUCACAUAACAGAGUUUAUAUUGACUUUCUACAAGGUUUUGUCUUUUUAUUUGCGGCUCUGUGAAAUGGGCUGAUUGUAGAUGAUUUCAGAUUUAUAUCCAAAAGAUCUUUUAUGUUGCAAAUUACUGCAGCGCUGGGUGGAGGUUCUAUCAGAUGACUUUUGAAACUAGUAUUCUAACUCAACAUCACUUUAUAAAUCCGGUUAGAAGGCUUUAAACUAGUUAUAAUCCAUCACAGUGAGCGCUGCAACUGUGAGAGAUGCAAAUGAACUCUGCUGUGACAUGUUUGUUUGAACAUUGAUUCUAUUUGUAGUUUUCAUGUGAAUCAGCGGCGAAUCUGAAUAUAUUAAAUCUGUGUGUAAUUCCACCCCACAUGUAUGUCUGUUAUGAAAUGUUGGAUGCUGAACUUUUAUUUCCCAUGUUUCUAGUGAUUUGAAGCCUGUGAAUGGAUCGAUCUGAUCACUCUUUAAUGUUUUUCCCCAAAUAUAAGUGUUUUUCUUUCAGACUGUAGUUGCAUGUGGCCGUUAUUGAUGUGCUGUUACCUGUGACGCUUUGAGUCAUUUGAGAAUAGCAGCAAACAGAAUCACAAAGGAAGCUGCAACCAAAGCCAGUCUGUGUUUUGUUUUGUUUUGUUUUGUCUGGUUUCGUUUAGUUUAGUUUCCCAUGGCCGGACAGAGGCAUGUAGCGUGUGCAUGAGCGCAGGGGUCAGAGGUCAGAAAUACCUCCAGCACCGAUGCUAAAGCUGCUUCCUGUGAUGCGCAGAUCUUCAGCUGAAGACUCUGCUCUCAGAACUACUGUGUACAGUCUCUCUUAACAUGUUUCUACUUCAUUUGUUUCUUUGCCAAAGCAACUGCCUUUUUUAAAUUCAGCUUUCAUGGCAUGAUUUAACAUGUUUCAUUGACAUCUCGUUGUUUUUAUCUGCUUUCCAACAGUCUGUGUGAGAAACAUAAAGAUGGAACUAUCAGCGCAUGUAGUUUGAACCGUUUCAGCUUCUUUCCUCUGAUCAUUUUUUGUAUUUGUACAGACAAAAAUACUGAAACGAGGAGGCAACAUUGAUCUGUUAAUAUUACUAUCAUUUAAAUUUUUGUCUCAUGCUUUGUAGAUUAUUAUAUUCUGUAUAUCAGUGAUUUUGUGCGAGCUGCUGCACUUUAGUUUCAUGUUUACUGGCUUUAUUAUUUUCUGCAAGAAUGAGAAUGUGGAUGAAAACCAAAGAACCAUCAGCUUUUACCGACUCUGUUUCUUUUCAUCCUAAGUCAAAAAACACACUAAAUACAAGGGUUAUAUAUAAAUAUAUAUAAAAAAAAAACACUUAAGCGUGAAAACAAAAGAUUUUUCAUUUUCUCUUUGCCUUGUCCUUUCCCUUGAUUUUAGUUUUUGUGUGUUGUUUUUUUAACCUGUUAACAACUGUCACCCUGUCCCGUGUACGGGACGGGACGCCUACGUUUACUUCACUAUAUUACAAUUAAAUCCUAAUCUAAUCAUGACAAACUAUAUAUCGUUGGAAA